UCGAAGAAUAAGACAGCCUGCUGUGGUGUUUCUUGUGUUCAUUUGGGUCAGUUGUUAAAAUCUUUGAUUUCAGUGUUUUGUUAUUGGAGAAGGACAACAGCAUGGGGGAAGCCGAGCUUGUUCCAGCUGACGGUAAACAAGCAGAGUCGGGCAUCAGUACCAUCGAAGACUCGGUCGUAUGGAGUCAAGAAGUCGAGGUGUGCCUGUUCCAUGCGAUGCUAGGUCACAAACCCGUAGGGGUAAAUCGCCACUUUCACAUGAUCUGCAUCCGGGAUAAAUUCAGUCAGAAUAUUGGGAGGCAGGUGUCAUCAAAGGUGAUCUGGGACCACCUGGGAACUAUGUAUGACAUGUCAGCCUUACAUGAGUCAGAAAUAUUGCCAUUUCCCAACUCAGAGAAGAGCUUUAAUCUUCCAGAGGAGAUGAUUCAAAAAGUAAAAGAAGGUAAACUGGUGUCUGAGGACGACAUGAAAGACGAGUUGAAAGAAGAACGAGACUCCCCAGCCACGCAUGAAGAAGGCAGCAACUCCUCGGUGAAGAUGACAGAGAGGGCCGUCAGCAAAGACAAGGAGAGAGAGAGAGACAGAGACAGAGAGAAGGGUUCCACUGAGGGCGGCCCAGGGAAGGAGGCAGCAGACAAGAGGAAGAGGAACCGUGCCACUGAGAAGGUGCUCAACUCCAGCAGCAACCCCUCCAGCCCUGGUGGAGCUAAGCGGAGAAGGACGUAGGCCAAGCCACCAGGAGACGCCCUCAAGAUAUCAGCCGCUGCAGAGAGCAGGAGACCCCAGGGGGAGGAGGAGAGACCUGGGACUGGAGAGACUCAUCUGUGAAGCCUGGAAGGGGGAGAGACUUAGGACUGGAGAGACUCAUCUGUGAAGCCUGGAAGGGGGAGAGACUUAGGACUGGAGAGACUCAUCUGUGAAGCCUGGAAGUAAGGGGGAGAGACUUAGGACUGGAGAGACUCAUCUGUGAAGCCUGGAGGGAAACGGGAGGGAGGGUGAGAGAGUGGCGUUUGGAGUCAGACAAUAGAGAAGCUAUUUGGACAAUGCAGAAUUUGUGCACAGGUAUCCAGGAGACGAAAUUAAGAACUUUCAGCCCCACAGAAGCUGCAAUUUUAGACUUAUGUAAUGUUCUCCGAACAUCUAGAAUGAUGUAUCAUUUUCCCACUGCCACACAAUCUCUGAAAACAACACCGCAAUAGCAAUGUGAAUCGUAUUGGUCAUGAUUAUCAAUAUACUGUCACAGCAGCGGAGGUUUUUGGACAAUCCCCUCCCUCCAGUCCUCGGCUCUGGAUAAGAGGCCAGCAGCCAUGUUUAGUAGUAUUGACACAAUUCAAUCAGACAUGUUAUCAAUGACAUCAGAAUGAGUGUAAUGGUUCUACUGCUUGUGUUCAGGCUUGUGUUAUUGUGAAGUUUUCCUGUUUGGCUUUGGAGAAAUGCAGGACUACCAAAUCACAGCAAUGCACUGUAUUACUGGCUGGACGCUUGCGCUAAUUGUCUUUUUGUUGUUGUUGUUGUUGUUGUGUUCUGAUUUGUUACAAGUUGUUGUAAACAUGUGCAUAGAGCACCUCAUCCAGCUCUUCCAGUAGCUGCCAACCAGAUUGUUAUUGUACCUCAUCUGUAUAAAAUGUAGUUGCAAUUUGUGCAAAUUGUCGGUCAUUGUCCCCUUUUUUUCUACAGUCACAGUCUUGUGUAUUUUGUCGGUAGGGAUUAUUGAAUGUGCAUGUUUUGGUAAUUGCUAAAACAGUAUUUUUUUGUCCGUGUUAAGGACAGACUUGUGCGAAUAUAAUAAACAUGUGUAGCCGUCGUCUCCAUCCCAUUUGAGAUCCCUUUUUUAAAUUCUCUAUUUAUUGGACAUGUCAUAUUUUUAAAGCCUAUGUCCCAUUAAAUGAUUUUUUGACGAA